ACUGGUUAAAAUCUCUCUCUCUCUCUCUCUCUCUCUCUCUCUCUCUCGCUUUUUCUAUGCUACCGCCUCUUGCACCGAUACCAAAACCCUAACGUUAACAUAUUAGAAAGGCGAUGCGAUCUCCGCGAUGAUGACGAUGGGGAACAGAGAAGAAGAAAUGGAAGUAGCGGCGUCGAUCUUACCUUUCUCCGAUCAUCUCCCCUCCACCCUCUCCGGGAUCUUCGACUCCGCCGCGGACGGAGGCGGCGCCGCGGCCGCCAUGGUCGGCGAUCGAAGCUCAGUCGGCUUCCUCGAGCUCCUCGGCUUACAGGACCUCCCCAGGCUCCUCUUCGAUCUACCUCCGCCGCCGCCGCCGCCGCGGUGCUCCGCGGCUGCGUCGGAGACCUCGGACGCCGUAAACCUCCCCGCGACGCCGAUCUCGUCGUCGAUCUCCUCCUCGUCCGAUGAGGCCAUUAACGACGCCGAUGGAGCUAAGAACGCUGCGAUCGCGCCCGCGAAGGAGGAGAGCGAGGAGGAGGCGAAGUCCGAGAAAGCGGGUGCGGCGGUGGGGAUGGGGGAGAAGAUCAGGAAGGGGCAGAAGCGUCAGAGGGAGCCGCGAUUCGCGUUCAAGACGCAGAGCGAGGUGGAUCAGCUCGAGGACGGCUACAGGUGGCGCAAGUACGGACAGAAGGCCGUCAAAAAUAGCCCCUUCCCCAGGAGCUACUACCGGUGCACCAGCGCGGCGUGCGGCGUGAAGAAGCGCGUCGAGCGCUCCUCGGACGAUCCGACGGUCGUGGUGACCACCUACGAGGGGCGCCACACCCACCCCAGCCCCGUCCUGCCACGCGGCGCCCAUCCGGCCCUCCACCCCACGCCGCUGCGCGGCGCCGCGGCCGAGCUCGGCUUCGCGCCCCCGCCCGCGCUCCCGCUCCCGCUCCGCCCCGCCUACCUCAACGGCUACCUCCGCCCUCCGCCGCUCGAUUUCCGCCACGUGUCCUCCGCGCCCACCGGCGCCUGUGAUGGGCUGUUGGAGGACGUCGUUGCGUCGGACGUGAUCCGGAGGAUCAAGGAGGAGUAAAGCACGCACACGCACGCAUACUCACUUAUACCGCUGCUUCUACCGGUAACUAAUUAAUUAACGUCUAGCUCUUCAUAUAUAUUAUUAUUGCUAUUAUUAUAUGCAUAUGCAUGUGUAUGUGUUAUUUCCUUUCCUUUCCUUUCCUUUAUAUAUAUUUUAUUUAGUUCCUUUUUUUUUUGGGUGGGAUUUUUACUGACUUAGUUCGUGGGGAGCCCUCCAUUUGGUGUACACAGAUGAUCACCAGCUAAUGAUUAGGAUGUACUUCUAGUGCUGUAAACACUGUUCCUCUGUAUUAUAGAGAUCAGUUAAUUAUAUUAGUGGGUUUUCUCUUUUUUUUUU